AUUUCCUCUCUAUGUUUAUGUUUUAAUUUCUUUGUUAAGCUACAAUGAGCAUCUCUGAGAAGGAGACCAAACCGGAGAGCCCUUCUUCCAAGGCGGAUAUCUAUCCUGCUGAUGAGAAGAGGGGUCUUCCUCAGGAUGACAAGAAUGUUCAUGAUAUUGAGAUCAUGUCUUCUGAUAAGGUGAAGCAGCCUCUUGAGACUGCUGAAGAUAUCGUCACACAUGUCAUUCAGGUUGAUGAUGACCCUACUAUGAACCCAUGGACCAUUCGCAUGUUUGUCGUUGGCAUUGGAUUGUCUGCCUUUGGUGGUGUCCUCCAAGAGAUCAUGUACUUCAAGCCCCAGGUCGUCUACGUCUCCGUCAUGUUCUUGACCGUCCUUGCUGAGACGCUCGGUACCGGUCUCGCUCACAUCAUCCCACGCUGGGGUCGCAUCGGUCGUCUUCUCAACCCUGGUCCCUGGAACAGAAAGGAACAUACCGCCGCUGUGCUCAUGGCAUCAGCUGCAUCGGUCUCAGCCUUGUCCACCGAAGCAUUGACUGUCCAGAAACUCUGGUAUGGCGGUUACCCCGACCAAGCAGCCGGUAUCUUCAUCACCUUGUCGUCUCAGCUUAUCGGAUAUGGUGUUGCUGGUAUGAUGAGAAGUGUUCUGUUGUACCCUACCAAGAUGCUGUACCCUGCCAACCUUCCCAUCACGACUGUCAUGGAAACUUUGCAUAAGCCCAAGUCAGAGACCAGGAAGAGAUUCCAAGUUUUCUGGAUUGUCUUUGUUGCCAUCUUCUGCUGGGAGUGGUUCCCCGAGUACAUCUUCCCUCUCCUCUCCGCUGUCUCCGUCUUCUGCCUCGCCGACCGUCACAACCCCGUCUUCACAAACCUCUUCGGCGGCUCACAAGGUAACGAGGGAAUGGGUUUCCUGAGCAUCUGCUUCGAUUGGAACUACAUCGCCGGCUUCGGCUCACCUCUCUGGAUGCCCCUUCAGACACUCUUCAACAGUUAUCUUGGUUACAUCGGUGGUAUCGCUCUGUCUAUGGGUCUCUACUAUGGAAACUACUGGCGCGCAAAGGACUUCCCCUUCAUGGCCCAGCUCCUCUACGAUGGAAGUUCCAACACUACCAGCCAUAUUCCUUACAACGAGACUGCCAUCAUGAACCCCGACUUCACCGUCAAUAAUGAUCUCGUCGACCAGCAAGGUCUUCCUUACUUGACCGCUACCUACAUCAACUAUCUCAUCACUUCUAACGCCGGUCUCACUGCCACAAUCGUGCACAUGCUUCUCUGGAACUAUGCCGAAGUCAGCCUGGGAUGGGCCUGGAUCACGGUCGCCAACAUGAAGAAGCUUCUUCGCCCUGAGACAUACAAGUUCUGGCAGCAUGUCGGUACCCGCACCGAGGAAGAGAAGCAAAAGCUCCGCGACGACCCCUCCAUCGACCCUCAUUACAAGCUCAUGCUCGACUACGACGAGGUUCCUAACAGUUGGUACUUCGUCAUCCUUCUCUCCAGCAUCAUCAUCGGAUUGGCUUGUUUGUAUGCUAUGAAGUCGACUCUCCCGUGGUGGGGCUUCAUCUUGGCCAUCAUCUUCCUCGUAGUCUUCUUGAUUUUCUUCGGCGCUCAGUAUGCCAUCACCGGAUUUGGUUUCAACCUUCAACCUAUCUUCCAGAUGUUGGCUGGCUACAUGUUCCCCGGUCGCCCUCUUGCCAACAUGUACUUUACUUCGUACACCUACAACGCUCUCAGCCAAGGCUUCCUCCUCCUCCGUGACUUGAAGCUCGCUCAGCAGAACAAGCUCUCUCCCAAGGCCACCUUCACUACUCAGGUCAUUGGUUGUAUCCUUGGUGCCCUUCUCAACUAUGUCAUGAUGAUCAGCAUCGUUGACAAUCAAGCCGCCAUCCUCAAGUCUGCUGAAGGUACCAAUGUUUGGAGUGGUGCGCAGGUCCAGCAGUUCAACACCCUAGCUAUUGCCUGGUCCAUCGCUCCCAAGAUGUUCUCCAUCGGCGCUCGUUACGAAUGGGUCACCAUCGCCUACCUCAUCGGCUUCGCCGCUCCUCUCCCCUUCUACAUCGCUCACAAGUUCUUCCCUCACAUCCGAAUCUUCUCUUACCUCAACAUUCCCAUCAUCCUCUGGUACCUCGGUUACCUUUUCGUCGGUCUGAACGCUUCAGUCACCAGCUACUUCAUCCUUGGUGCCUUUGGUCAGUUCUACCUCCGACGAUACCGCCCUGAGUGGUUCGUGAAGUGGAACUACCUGAUCUCUGCUGCUCUCGAUGGUGGUACCCAGGUCAUGGUAUUCAUUGCGACUUUUGCUGUCUUUGGUGGCUCUGGAAAGUCGGUUCCCUUCCCAGCUUGGGCAGGAAACAAGGUGGACAACUUUGACUACUGUGCUUUUAAUGCGAACAGUUAGAUUAGGAGAGUGAGAGAAUGGCGAAGGAAUGGCGAAGGAGAGGCCAUAUUAAUAGCAUUUCAAAGCACACUAGUGAAU